AUGGCUCCAGCCCUCGAUGUGCAAGCCGAUGUCAGCAUCCAACGCGAAGUUAGUGUCAAUCCGUGGGAAGAGCUGGCUAGAAAACACUGGUGGGACAAAAAUAUUACACCUGCAAAGGCCAAACCAGAAGUGAUCAAGGCAGCAAUUUGGGAUCCUCUCGAACAAGACUCGUUUCCCUGCACCUCGCUCGCCAUUCUUGAGAAGUACCAGAUUCUCGAGAGAUUUCUCUGGCCGACCUUCUCGGCAGACUCUUCCAACCACCAUGUCUUGCUCAUUGCAGUCUUCUUCAACGUGAAGCAACGGGCUCGUCUCCACGACUGGUCCUUGUUCAGCAAUCGCCCAGCAGAGUUUUCGGGCUUAUUUCGUCGAAUACUCUCCUUGAACCUCGACUCUUCGCUCUCUGUAUUUUCCCGCUUGUCUCUCCUCCAUUUCGUGCUCGGCGCAUUCCAGUCUCUGGAAAAUGAUCAGGUCCGCAAAGAGUGUGCACCGCUUGUGUCAAUUGCAACAUGGCAAAAUAUACAUGAUGACAGGACAAGAGAGAGGCUGUUGGAGGCAAAUCCAGCAAGGAGAAAGGCAUGGAGAGCCUCUGCGCGAAAAUAUGAUGCGGCAGAUGCAGAAACUCAAACUCGUUUGCGGUUUGAUCGAGCAUGGCUGUAUACGAUGUCGAUUGAUUUCAUCGCAAGGCUCAACGCAUCCAAGUUGACCCACUCUCAGGAAAUGGUCUACUGUGAACGCUUUCUUGAAUUCCUGAUCGACCUGACAAGUCAAUUACCCACCAGACGAUACACGAAUCCUCUGUUGAAAGACCUCAACAUUAUACCCAUAAUUCGAACAUCAAAGCUGUAUGAAAGAGAAGAUGCUGUCCUUCUGCAUGAUUUGACCAUCCUUCUCGAACAUUUCCAGACUUUUGCAAUUGAUGAACUGGGAGGCACUGAAGGAAACCAUGAUGCUAUGCGCAAAGCCCAUUAUCAGGCAUUGGAGAGGCUGCAGCGAGUGGCCCUCCGGCAUCUUGAAGACAAACUGAAAGUUCUUGCACUGUCAAACUUUGGAUCGAUCGACAAAAGAAGCGAGCUAGAGUCUCACUUUGCUGCGUUGACGGACUCUGAACUGCAGGAACUAUGUACACAGCUUGGGCUCCGAACUAGCUAUCCUCCGUCUGCCGGAAUCGCUGCGACCCGUACAAUUAUGAUGGAGACUCUCUUGACAUCCUUCUCCAGGCCUCGAGAUUUCCGUGAGGCUGUGAGCCAUUUGGCAGUCCUACCCACAGCCGACUCGCUAUAUGACCCAGCCUUGCUGGGGAUCGAGCAUUAUGACGGUUCUCGGCCGCUUGGAAUUCCCAAAUUGAACCUGCAAUAUCUCACCCUCAGCGACUUCAUGUGGCGUUCAUUCCAGCUCUACCAGGCCGAAGCUUACUAUGGUAUAAGGAAGGACAUGGAAAGCAUUGUGAAGCGGAUGAAGCCGAAAGUUGCGCGAGACCGAAGCAGCAUAGUAUUUGAAGGGUUUUCGAAGAUGGCUCUACCGAUUGGAGAGCCUGCAGUCAUUGAAGUCGGUCCUCCAAAAGUUGGUCACGUCAAGCCUAGUUUCGUACGGGCGGAAGUGAUUUUGGAUGUCAGCCGCCUUACGGACGGUAUCAGAAGAGAAUGGGACAAUCUCAAGCCCCAUGACGUUGUAUUCCUACUGGCAGUGAAAGCCACCGACGAUUCUCGACUUCUUACCAAUGGUCAUUCCGGAAAUCAAAGUGAACAAAGAAUGUUCACCAGUCUAAGAACCGCUGAAGUCGUCCAAGUCCUGGACGAUAAUGGGCGAGCUCUCAGAGAUACACAAACAAACGGCUAUACCUCAAGGCCUCGACGGAGACGUCUCUUACUUGACUUGGACGCAAGUUCCUACGGUGUCGACAAACUAAAGCCAGGCCGAGUUGCGUCGGACACCGCGUCCCUGAAUAUUAUCGCUCGCCGCCAAGGACGGGAAAACAACUUCAAGCCUGUUCUGGAGACAAUCCAAGCUCUGGUCUCUUCAGGGACUGUGCUUCCAUCAUGGCUGCAAGAAGUGUACCUGGGUUAUGGUGACCCACUAACUGCUUCAUUCCCAUCUCUUUCAAAUCAGAUUGACUCCAUAGACUACCUGGAUACAUUCCUUGAUUGGCAGCACCUGUUGGACAGCUUCCUAGGGAAGACUGUCGAAACUGGAGCUGGUCAGUCCGCUCCCCUCGAUCCACCUUACGUCCUUCAACGUGCCACGAACACUUCAGAUGAGCCCCCAACAAACCCGAAGAAGAGACGUCGCGAUCAGAUGGAGCAAGACUCAUCCACUGUCAAGGUUCUGACCUACAAACCCCGCAACACUGGACCAUACGCGAUGGACAUCCCUAGGAAGAACUCGGUCCGCUUCACGCCGAAGCAAGUGGAAGCCAUCAUAUCGGGAACGCAGCCUGGUCUUACUGUCGUGGUUGGCCCCCCCGGAACGGGUAAGACCGAUGUCGCAACGCAAACCAUCAACUUGCUCUACCACAACUUUCCGUCUCAACGCAUCUUGCUUGUUGCUCAUAGCAAUCAAGCGCUCAAUCAGCUUUUCCAAAAGAUUAUUGCACUUGAUAUUGACCCUCGCCACCUGUUACGGUUGGGUCAUGGAGAAGAAGGGCUUGACACGGAGGAGUCGUACGGGAAAUAUGGUCGAGUUGAGUCUUUCCUGGAAAAUCGCCAAUCUUAUCUGUUCGAAGUCAGCCGUCUUGCCGCUUCCAUUGGCACUGAAGGUGCACACGGCGCUUCAUGCGAGACGGCAGAUUAUUUCAAUCAGGUCUUCAUCAGACCCGCUUGGCAACGAUUCUGGGAUGCUGUCAAUGCAGAAGAUGCCACCCUCGAAGCUGUACUAAGUGCAUUCCCAUUUUACAAAUACUUUAGCAAUGCCCCCGUUGCAACGCUGUUUCCUCCCGACGCCACGAUGGAAGAAGCGCGGGAGGUCGCAUCUGGCUGUCAGUAUCAUAUGGACAAAAUCUUCUCGGAGCUAGAGUCAAUUCGGCCUUUUGAAAUCCUGCGCAAUGGCCGCGACCAAGCGAAUCACCUCUUGGUAAACGAGGCACGGAUCAUUGCCAUGACAUCAACGCACGCCGCCAUGAGGAGAUCCGAAAUAGUUGAACUGGGCUUUCACUAUGAUACUUUAAUCAUGGAAGAAGCAGCACAAAUCACCGAAAUUGAAACCUUUAUCCCAUGCGUGAUGCAAGAGCCGGACCCUAAGACGGGCGAACUGCCCUUGAAACGAAUCAUCCUCAUAGGAGAUCAUCUGCAGAAUUCCCCCAUUAUCCAAAACCUGGCUUUACGCCAAUACGCCAACUUCGAACAGUCCCUUUUUCUUCGUCUCGUCCGCCUAGGCGUCCCGACCAUCCAUCUCGACCAACAAGGCCGCUGUCGCCCUUCAAUCGCCAGCCUCUUUAAAUGGCGCUACAACAGCCUGGGAAACUUGCCUCAUCUCGUCUCGCAGCUGGAAUUUUCACGCGCAAAUGCUGGCUUCCGCUACGAAUACCAAUUCAUCGAUGUCCCCGACUACCAAGGGACUGGUGAGCGUGAACCCACGCCUCAUUUCAUCCAAAAUCUCGGCGAGGCUGAGUACGCUGUAGCGUUGUACCAGUACAUGCGCCUCCUGGGCUAUCCGUCACGCAGCAUCUCGAUCCUCGCGACAUAUUCUGGCCAGAGGGCGUUGAUCCGUGACGUGCUGGAGCACAGGUGUAAAAACAACUCGCUCUUCGGCAUGCCGAGGACAGUGACGACGGUCGACAAGUACCAAGGUGAGCAGAAUGACUACGUCAUCGUCAGCAUGACGAGGACCCGCUCAGUGGGAUAUCUCAGAGACAUCAGGAGAUUAACGGUCGCGCUGUCGCGUGCAAGGCUUGGAUUGUACAUCCUCGGCAGGAAGGAGCUGUUCGCAAGCUGCUUUGAGAUGAAGCCUGCUAUGGACAUCUUACUACAGAGACCGACCAAGUUAGUUGUCACCACCGGGGAGAUGUUCCCCUCUGCUCGCUUACUUGAGGACGAGGUGGAAAAUACGUCAGAAAUGGAAGGAGUGGAGCACCUCGGUCAAUAUGUUUAUGAAAUGACCCAGGCAAAGGUCAAGGCGUCGGGAGGACAGGGUAACGUCCAGAUGGAGGCGGACAGUCAAGGUGGCUAUGGAGCUGAGGAGGCGGAGGAACUUGGCGCUGAUGUGGGUGAGGAGGAUCCGUUGCAUGAGGUCGUCUAA